AUGUCCAUUAUUUUAAUUGGAAGUAAUGCAUUUGAUUCCUUCCCACUUGAAUAUUUUAAUAUUGGACCAGGAACAACAAUUUCGUGUAUUGAUCAAUAUGGAUUUGCGAAUACAAAGAUUCAUUCAUUUUCUCUUGAGUGUGAAGUAAUUGUUUCGGCUUUUGCUUUCCAGAAUUGCACUAAUCUUACAACAGUAAAUAUGACUCAAAUGAAAUCAUAUUCAUCAUUAUCAGCAGCUAAGCGAAAAUUAAAAUCAUCAUCACUUUCACAAGAAUUUUACACAAUUCCUGAGGGAUUAUUCGAUGGAUGUAUUUGUUUAGAGAGUUUAUCUAUUAAUAAUAAUAUUGAUAAUAUAUCUGGAUAUGCUUUCAGAAACUGCAAUGUCCUACAAUUUACUAUUCCAUCUUCUGUUACUUCAAUUGGAAAUAGUGCAUUCGAGAAUUGUUAUAAAGUAAAAAUUAUUCCAAAUUACAUUGUUUAUUUUGGAAACUCUUCAUUUAAAGGAGCAGGUAUAAGUAGAACUCUCAAAAUAAACUCCAAUGUCUCUUAUAUUGGAGAAUUCACGUUCUUCAAUACUUCCUUAAGGAUUGUUUAUUAUUGUGGAGAUACUGAUUUUUCUGGCUUCUCGAGAUCUUUUGAUGAUUCGACUUCAAUUGUUGUAACUUUUUCUUAUCCAAAAAGUACUUUCUGUGGAGCUACAGUAUAUCACAUGCCAUCAAAUUCAUGCAGUGAUAUCAUGCAAACCAACAAUGAUGCCAAUGGCUUAUUGAAGAGGCAAAUAGGAGAAAAAUUAAAUGCUGACGGAAUUUUUCUCGCAUCUGUAUAUUACAUUGGUCUAUGGUAG